AUGGAAACGCAGGAUCCCACGUCGCCUGAUAUAAGUGCCCCGGGGAUCAAUAUACUAGCAGCAUGGCCUCCUAAAACACCUCCAACUUUGUUGCCAUUUGAUGGCCGCUCCGUGAAUUGGAGUUUUCUGUCUGGAACAUCAAUGUCGUGCCCUCAUGUAUCCGGCGUACUCGCUCUUGUCAAAUCCGCGCACCCAAAUUGGUCUCCGGCAGCCAUCAGAUCAGCUCUCAUGACCACAGCCUACACCAGGGACACAACCCAUGACACUAUCCUAGCUGGUGGAUCCAUGAAAAUUUCAGAUCCCUUCGACAUUGGUGCUGGCCAUGUAGACCCCUUGAAAGCCAUGGAUCCAGGACUAGUUUACGACAUGAAAACUAGUGACUACAUUCUAUACCUUUGUAACAGUGGCUACACCCAAGACCAAAUUGAACGAAUGGUGAUUCUCUCUCCUGGUACCAUAACCACUUGUCCCAAAGGAUUCAUUUCCAGCUCAAACAUAAAUUACCCAUCAAUCACAAUUUCGAAUCUUCGAUCCACAAUGACGAUCAAAAGGACUGUUAGAAAUGUUUCUCACAAGACGACAGCUAUUUAUCUUGCAAAAAUUGUGAAUCCCGAUGGAGUGGAUGUUGUGGUUUGGCCUAGACUGUUAUUCUUCUCAUGUUUCAAAGAAGAGGUCUCAUACUAUGUGACUUUUAAACCAAAGAAAAGAUCUCAAGAAAGGUAUGAUUUUGGUGAGAUAGUGUGGUCAGACGGCCUCCAUUAUGUUAGGAGUCCAUUGGUCGUGCUUGUGAACACUACUAAGAGUUGUGAUUCUGUAGAUUCCGCAUCUUAUUAA